AACUAUUCUCAAAACUCACCAGUGGUACCAAAUAUGGAUGUUGGUCAAUCCUCUCAGUUCGGUGGAGUUGAUCAUUCUCCACACCAUGACAGUGCUUAUGAACAACAGAGGAUGAAUGCACUUAAUAAUGAAGAUUUUCCUAAUUAUUAUGAGUCAUCAUCAAGUGAUGACGAUGAAAUAGCUAAUAAUGCAGAGGUAACCAAUGAUGAAGAUGAUGAUGAUGUUCAAGUUGGUAUGACCAACAAUAUUCCUCAAAGCCAAAACCAACAAGAACCCACGUACCACCACGUACCACCACCGAUGGCUGAAAACCCAACUUCUGAAAGCCCAAUUCAGUGGCAUUCUAACAAUAUCCCUUAUCUUGACAGCCUGCAGGGUCGUGAUGAUGCAUUUGUCUUCACAAGAGAAGAUUAUGAUAGUCGCUUAAAAACCUGGAUUGAACCAAAGGAUCUCAACAAAGAUCGAUGCUACCUUGCAAAGGGAAUGUUGUUCACAUCCAAAAAAACAUUGCAACGGGCUGUCAAAAUUUAUUGUUUUAAGGACAUGAGGGAGUUUAAGGUUGAUCAGUCAAACACAAAGGUAUAGAGGCUAGUUUGUAAACGACGGUAUCAAGGCUGUGAGUGGUUGCUUCGGGGAAUUGUUAAGCCUGAUGGUAUGUGGGCUAUCACAAAAUUCCGUGAAAGACACUUGUGAUAUGGAAGAAAAUCGAGCAGAUCAUUAUAAUUUAGAUACAAACAUGAUUGCUCAAG